GCGCCAUUCUGCUCAGGGACUAGGAAUGAAUGACAUCGAGCUCUUUACAAUGACUCACUAGCAGGAAACAUAAAUACCUGCUUCGAUGGGAGCAUCACUUUACUUCCAACUCACCUUGUCAACAAUCAGCCAUCAGGAUGGAGGUUUCACACCCCGCGAAGGCAGAGCAGCAUGAUCUGCUGCUCGUGCUCGAUGCAACAUAUUCCAUGAGUUCCUUCUUGGCGUCGCUCAGAUCAUCCCUUCGUCAGAUAGUAUCCAUGUCGGUGCUCACCCGCUGUUUCUCGCGGAUUGGAUUAAUAGCCUAUCGUGACUACAGCGCCCCGACCCUGUUAGAAUGGUCCGGAUGGUACGAUACUUCACCGAAUGCGACGGGUAUACAGCCCGACCUACUCAAGAUUGCUGCGUCUCUUCGAACAGAAGGAAACUGGGACACCCCCGAAGCGGCAAAGACAGGACUGGCCAAAGCCUACGAAGUCAUGCGUCCGGAUGCCAGAACAGUGAUUCUCUUCUAUACGGACGCCCCUCCUCAUAUGGCCGGCAACGCUCAACUGCCAGACCUGUGGCGAACAGAGGAUAAUGGUGUACGCGAACACGAAGCCCUAUCAGUUCCUACGAGCUAUGGUGGCUUUGGCCCGGUGUUCAAGGACUGGGUUUCAGCAUGUAACCUGCUCCGUGAAGGCGAGAAGAAGGCCCAGGUCUUUUGUCUUCUCCAGCCACGCAUGUCCCAUUCUUUCGUUAGCUACUAUAACUAUCUUUGUACCAUGACACAAGGCUCAUGUAUCAUAUUGCAUGGUGACCUCCCUUCGGUUAUCACCAAGGUGACCGUUGAGGUCUUGUUGACAUGGAUGGGGAUAAGCAAGCAGGCUGUUGAGGAUACUGGUGAAGAAAGGUACUCGCAGCUUGUCAGCUACCCUGACAUGACGGGGAUAGAUACCAUCCGCAGUGAACGCGAUGAAGAAGCUAGCUUGUUCUUCCCGACCCCAGCAUCUUACGGUCCUGCUGGUAGCCUCAAGAUACAUCACCUGUCACCCUACAUUAUGGAGAAAUACAUCCACAAGAAAGGUAGCCCUGUCGCCGAUUUCGCCAAAUCAUGGGCUACCGAUCUAUCGUACCAAGAGCUAGCGGUUAAGCACCUGAAGCAUAUUAUUACGGAGGAUGUGAGUGUCAUCGCUCUCAAUGCAGUCUUCGCCACGCUCUGGCGCAACAUCUGCGAUGACCGAACCCACCCCGCCCGAUCCGAGUUACUCGACGCAUUCAGCUUACAUGUAAGCCGAAUAAAUAACGAUGAAGAUCGGUCCCGGAUGACGGAAUGGUUAGAGGCGUCAUACGACUACUCUGGAGAAGUUGCAGAACUUAUCAGCAGUGUCCCAGAGGCCGACCGAUUUCCCUGUGUUUGCUUCGAUCCUACCCUCUCUUUCAAGCACUCCAAUCCCAUUAAUAAAGAGAGGGCCCAGCAGGAAGCGGCGGAUAUUACCAAGUUCACGAGGGCAGAGCUUCUGGAGAUAGGCCGGUCAUGCCACCCAGACAUCCUUCGCCGUCUCGGCGGGGUUCUAACUCAGCUAACUUACAUUGAGAGUCCAGCUGACAUGCCUGAGCAUAUUGCGUCAAUGACGAAUAGAGAUGUCCCACGGAUUCCUAUGGCUCUCGCGAAAGACGAGUAUGAACGCCGUUUCUGGCGAAUCCUACUGCAUGUUGUUGUCCCGGGUACAAUGCUGUCUUCUCGGCCAGCCUCCAUUCUGGCUGCCUUUGCUUUAAGACUAGGUAUCACACCUUUAGUAACUGUAGCUGAGACGGAAGUACUGGCUAUGAGGGAAAAAUGGAACAACAUCGAGGCACCAGAAACAUGGACGGUUUCAUGUCUCUCCCUACUCGUUGAUGCUGAUCGCAAGUACCAACAGCGGCGGGCAUUGGAUCAGGCAACGGACCAUGCUGGUGAAGUCACCGCUGCAGUGAUCAAGCCACCGACGCUUUUGAAGCCGAGUGAUCGAGAGCUUUUUGAGAAGUUGAUCGCUUACCGGUUCUUGGAGCUGAAUCUCCACACAACGGUUACCGCUCAGAUUGGAUGGACGCCCGAAAAGACGGCAUUACCCAUCGGCCCUCUCGUCACCUGUCGGACCUGUCAGUAUCCACGAUCAGUCACCGUCAUGGGCCGGGAUGGACAAUGUGGCAUGUGUAUAAACGCGGGGUUUCCCGAGGCGUACGGCGCUACAAAGGAAGAUACCGAACAGACGCCGAUAACAUGGGUGGAAUGCUACUAUCCAGCCUGUAGGGUACAAUAUGUAGUAUAUGGAGUCCACAAGCUACGGGUCCGACCGAAAUGCUACUACUGCAGAGCACAGAAUGCUUCAAAGUCUACAGGGGACGCACAGCACUCGCUCCAGAAUGCGCCCUAUGUGGAAUGUCACCGGUGUCUGAGUCGGAUUAUCUGGCCGGAGCCAUAUCGCCCCGCUAACUUCUCCGAGGCUGAUUUUGUUUGCCCAGCGUGUAUGGCAGGCCGGCAGACAAUAGUGAGCGAGGAGACUAGUGCGGAGCAGCUGACUGGAGAAAACACGCUGUCCUGGCUCAUUAAAGACUCCCUGCAGCCAGAUGGUCAUAUUUUCAGCGACCGCUCGCUUUACCACACCGUGUCAACAAUCGGGCCGGAUAACUUUGUCUCUCGUAUCACGCUUUUCCCGGUGUUAAACCCGCGCCUCACAGUGCGAGGCAAGCUGAUUCAGAAUAGUGAAGCAAUAGUUUCCAAACUACAGGGUUGCGUAUCCCGAUAUCGCUCUGCGAGGAUCGCGUGCUCCCUCUGCUUCAGCAAUUUCCAUCCCACGGCGCUCAGCUCCGCCUGUGGACGUCGAGGCUGUCAGGAGCGGAUCUGCAAGGACUGUCUGUCGCACUGGUAUGGCCUUAAUACAGCCGGUAGAAUGAUUAACACGGCAGCCCUCGCAUGUCCCUUCUGUCGACGGUUCCCCUCAGCCAAAACAUUAGCUAAGCAUGGAAUGGGUAUUCAUGCCGUCGGAAAUCUUCAAGCUGCAAUCCAAGAACGUGGAACAUGGAUUUACUCCUGGUGCCGGGCUUGUGCUACGGCGAAGCCGUACCUGGAACGGGUUUGUGCCCAGGGAACGCCAACAGAGGUCACUAACUGGCGCUGUGAAGACUGCUCUGCGCCGCAAAAUACUCGAGUCAGACCAUGUCCGGGGUGUGGAGUCAUGACAGAAAAGAUCAGUGGAUGCGGCCACAUUGAGUGUGAAGUGGAAGAUUGCCACACGCAUUGGUGUUACUUCUGUGGGGGCAAGUUCGAUCAGGAUGCUAUCUACACUCAUAUGAAGGCAGCGCACGGCACAAUAUAUGACCGGGAAGAUGAGCUUUACGACGACUUUGACGACUAGUGUGCUAUUAAUGGACAUGAGCAGGAUUUUUCUACUGAAGUGAUGACGCUUAUAGCAAUAAUCUCGAUAUAUUAGCGAUUAUAUUAAUUUUGAAUAUAUAUUCUGUUUUAUACUCUUAGCCGAAUUUUGGGAUAAUACUGUACCUUGAAUUUCACUAUGUUUAUACAGAACCAGAAAAGACAAAACAGAGAAGAUUUUUCGUCCUAGC